GAAACAGUCAAUUGUAAGAAAUUUACAAAUUCCCGAUGGUCGCCAACAAUGUACGCAACGUCCAAAUGUUUGCGAAAUUGACGUCAUUCGUAAGCAAACACACUGACGUCAUGAUAUUUUGACGUCAUAAUUAGCCGCACGCUUUGAUGUUCAUGAUCAAAGAUGGAGGAUCAAUCUCCCGACACCUUUCGGCUAACAGUAAAGAAAAGAAAACCAGUGACAAAAGACCCAAACCCUGAAUGGUUCUGGGCUGAAUUUGAUCUAAUUACUACAGUAGCCGAAAAGAAAUCCAGCAAUCCCAAAUGGGGACCAAAGAAACUGUCAGAGUUAACAGACUGUAAUGAAAGGAAAAUAAAACAAAUCCUAGAGAAGUAUUUUUAUGAUAAAGAUGAAAAUAAACUUUAUCGAAAAAGCCAAGACAACACUGAAAGCCAUAGGCAAUGUGUUAGAAAACCGCAGUUGAUAAGUUUGCUGCAGAAGAAUCACGAAAUAGACCACAGGAAACCUGACGCCGUAUAUGAAAGCUUGCGGAGGCACAUAUUUCCGGUACAGAGGGAACACGUUAAGACAAUUUUCAAGACGGAGAUAAAAUGCCACCAGUGUAACUGUGCUGCAGAUUUACCGAAGACAACAAGAUCCAGAAGACCUAUACCAGCGACAUACCCAAACAGCAGAUGGCAAAUUGACUUGAAGAAGAUGCCUGCCUGUAGAGGUUACAACUAUGUUUUAAACAUAGUAGACUGCUACUCGAGAUUUGGGUUUGGCAAAGCUUUGAAGAGCAAGACAUCAAAAGAAGUUGCCGAGGCCGUAAUCAGCUUUAUAUACAUGUACGGAGCUCCUCGAAUAGUUCAGUCAGAUAAUGGUAGAGAGUUUAAAAACUCUGAUCUGGCUGAUGUUGUGAUGGAGUUUGAAGCAAUACAGAUGCAUGGAAGACCCUACCAUCCACAGUCUCAAGGAAGAGUAGAACGGUUCAAUAGAACAAUGACUGAUUACUUCAGGCAUAAGAUGGUCGAUGAGAGGAACUGGGUUUCACAGUUACCCGAAUUUUACUACAGUUACAAUAACAGAAUACACAGAUCUACUAGGCCUUCAACACCGUACCAAAAGUUUUUUAAAAGGCCAAAUUUUGCUGCACCCGUAGAUGAUAAGGUUCCCUAUGCAUCUCUCACAGCAGAAGAGAAGGAAUUCUUAAAAACGGCGCAUUUAGACGUAGAAGGCGAUACAGAGGAUAUUCAUCAUGAUGACGUGGUCGAUAAUGUGUUUGUUGCAACAAAGGCUUUAUCUGGUAACUUCAAAAUUUAAUAUUUCAUUGC